AGCGGCCGCCGCCUUUUGGGCCGCACUCCCGGCGUGCCCCGCACUCGCCGCCUCCCGGCCGCCCCUCCUUCCUUUCGCAGCGCCACACCGCCGGAGCCCGAGCCGCCGCCGCAGCUUCAGCCGCGGGCGCUAUGGCUUCUGGAGUUACAGUGAAUGAUGAAGUCAUCAAAGUUUUUAAUGAUAUGAAAGUAAGGAAAUCUUCUACACAAGAGGAGAUCAAAAAAAGAAAGAAAGCAGUUCUCUUCUGUUUAAGCGAUGACAAAAGACAAAUAAUUGUAGAGGAAGCAAAGCAGAUCUUGGUGGGUGACAUUGGUGAUACUGUAGAGGACCCCUACACAUCUUUUGUGAAGUUGCUACCUCUGAAUGAUUGCCGAUAUGCUUUGUACGAUGCCACAUACGAAACAAAAGAGUCUAAGAAAGAAGACCUAGUAUUUAUAUUCUGGGCUCCUGAAAGUGCACCUUUAAAAAGCAAGAUGAUUUAUGCUAGCUCUAAAGAUGCCAUUAAAAAGAAAUUUACAGGUAUUAAACAUGAGUGGCAAGUAAAUGGCUUGGAUGAUAUAAAGGACCGUUCAACACUUGGAGAGAAAUUGGGAGGCAACGUAGUAGUUUCACUUGAAGGAAAACCCUUAUAAAAUGACAGUCAAGUGCCAUCUGGAUCUUAAGGAGCUUCCAUUUCUCCAGCUCAGUCAAUUGGAAUAGUAUUAGGUUUUGGUUUUUUUUUUUUUUCUUCCUCUUCCCACUGGGUCCUUCCAACACAGUGAAUGAAGGAAAUAUCAUUCAUGUAAGCAGCCUAUCAGUGAUUGCCAUUAGACUGUUUGAUACUGUUACCUUUACGUAGAACCCAAGGAAUGCCUUCCCAUCAUAUUUUAGCCAAAACAACUGGUUAUAUGCCUCCCUUGCAGCAAGCACUACAAUGAAUGUGAAUGUCAAUGUGAAUAGCUUAGAACACUACAAAGGGUUAAGCUAAUUGAAUGCCUUGAAAGUAUUAUCCACUGGUGAGAUGGUAAACUUUAUUCAGUAUUAUUUAUAGUUGCACUUGAUUGCAGUUCUGUGAGGCUUGAGCAUUCAUACACCUCACCUGCCUUGGCAAGCCUAUUUUUUGUGACAUGGCAGCGCAAAUAUAAUACUAUGCAUUGAAAGCACUUUUUUUGUAAUGAGUUUAAUCCCCCACCCCAAAAGGAAUGCCAAUUAAGUUAACUGUGUCAUCAACUUAUCCUAGUACCUCAGUGUUCAUUCCUGUUACCUGCGUAUCUUCUUAAAAGAAAUAGCUGUUAUUAAUGCCUUUUUGUUUUCCAUUGAGUGUACACUACUGAAUAAGUGUAGGAGUUUUAUGUUUACCAUGUUAGUCUUGCGACACUAAAGAUACUUUGAAUAUCAGUCAUGAUGGCAAUUUCUGUAUAAAAGAGCCUUAAAUGGAACAUUGUUUUUGAGAUCAAACCGCACCCUCACAAAAAUGGCCACGUUGCAAUAAAAAUUGUGGCAUAUUACAGAA